CCCAUGUCUGCUGUAACCGCCAAAGCCACCUCCCACAUGGUUUGAGCGACAAGGGCCGUGAUUGCAGCAUAUUGUCCAGAUUCACGCAGCUGCGCCGCAGCCACCUGCCCGAUGUUUCACGGCAAGUCUUUCGAUUAGCUAGCUGCCUUAAACAAAAGAUGCAUAUCAUAUUCCUUCCAGCUUCUCGCAUUCGUUCCUGCUCUACUAUUGUUACAAAUCAUCGAAUCAAACACUCUCUGAACAAUGGUCACGCUCCCAAUCCUAUCGCAUACGCUACAAUCAACGCAAUCGCUGUCAAAUAGAGCGGAAAAGCUCGAGGAAGCCGAAUCAGCGCUUCCUGGCAUCAAGCGCGGCAUUGCAAUCGGUAUAGCGUGCUCUGUAUCAGUCGUCCUCAUCGCCAUCCUCGCUUUCCUGGCCAUCAGACGACGGAACCGCAUUCUUGCCCAGAGAUUACAACAACAGACACAAGAAGCAGGAGGUGUCGAAGCGCAACAAGAGAAGACUUGGUGGCCGCAUGCGCCCCCACUCGUCCUCCCAGUAGCAACGUUACCACCUCCACCACCCGUUGAAGCCGACGCUCAUAUAAUCCAUGAGCUCGACGCAGGACAAACACCCGAACUCCAUGGCGAUACUCGUCCGCAAGAAGUAGAUGGAGCUGGCAAACCCCAGAAUGCGCCGGAAGAAGCAGAAGAGCUGUACGUGCAAAGGCUGAAGCAAUGGAAAGACUGGAACACGGUAUCCGAGGCUGAUCCCGCACAGCCGAAUAACGAAGUGACGCGGUGGAGUGUACCUCUCUUGAUGGUAUCGCCGCCAGGAACCACUCGCGGCGAUGUGUCUCCGCUGCUGCGCUCGUCGUGGGAUCUCUCUUCGCGAGGCGCCUCGCCGAUAUCGCCACCUGCAACUACCCACUUUCCAGCCGGACACGUGCCUUGAAGCGUGUCCCCAUGAAGGCCAAGACAGAUAAAGCCAUCUCUCAAUCAUGAAAGUAAAUACGAGGCAUGUAACGUAUGCUGAGCUAGUAGAAGAAUCUCCAGAAAUGCCCGUAUCAAACUCGGUUUUCCUCCCCGCCACCCUUCU